AUGAUUCACGGGGAUCUUCAAAUUGAUCAAGAAGCAUUCUUUGUUAUAGACGAUAGUACUGAACAAGGAACUAAGGCAGAGCAUAAUUUUGAACUAGAUACUUUCAAUAAUUAUGGACAUAUGCAAGUAUUGGGUGCACAAACUCAUAAUAAUAUGAACGUGAAAUUGAUGCCUUUCAGAUUUUCGAAUUUGGGAACCAUGGCCUUCUACAAUAGACUUGAUUUGAAUAAUGAUGAUGGUUCUGUUACUUUCGAAAAUCCAUAUGGUAAUUAUCCAGAUCUUGAAUAUGAUAAUUCAGGAACUAUUUGUUUCCAGAAUAUUAAUAAAGUUCUUCAAGAAGUAAGAUUUGGAGGUCAGGGCUGUGUAAGAAUAGGUAAGAACACAAAUUAUUUUGCCAGCAGCAUUUACCGAACGCAUACCUAUUAUUUAGAAUCUGAUGCUUACUUGUAUUUCAACAACGAUGAACAUGGUAUCCAGCAAGCAGUUUAUGGCUUAAAGCCUGAUAAUGAAUUGAGAUUUAAUUAUGUAGGUUCCAAGUUCAACUGGGGAUAUCAUGGUAAUACAUUAUAUUUUUAUGAUAAUAAUGGUUACGAAUCCAUCUUUGAAGUUGGGUUACUUGAAAAGGAAGGUUUUGAAUUUACACUUACUGGAAACAACUGCCCUGAUCCUAAUAAUGGCGGAGUAACUGUGGAUAAAGAACAGCCCUCAAUAUCCAAGCGAUAUAUCAAUGACUGUGUUGUGUCUGUCAAAUAUACUCGUGAGCCAUUAUACGAUCAAACUCCUCCUGCUUGUAAACCUUGCCCAGAACCAAGAGAAUUUGAUGCUAACUUUUACGAUAUUGUGCUUAAAAAUCAAAGAGAACGUGAGUUCCAUGAAUAUUAUGAAGAAUGGAACGAAGAAGAUAACGGACAAUGGGUUACCAGAAGUGGAAUAGUAUAUGUUACUGACGAUGAAGGGGGUAAACUCACCACCAGUACUUCUACAUUUCCUCACUUCACUGAAUACACUACUACUUUCACUACUACGGAAGACGAUGGAUCGUUUGUCACUGAAUCUGGAGUUGUAUUAAUUUCAACAGACCCUAACGGAGAACAGUACACAACCACAUCGAUUAUCCCACCACCAUACACCGAGUACACAACCACUUUCACCACCACCGAAGACGAUGGAUCUGUUGUCACUGAAUCUGGUGUUGUGUUAGUCACCACCAAUUCCGACAGAGAUCUCUACACAACCACUUCGAUUAUCCCACCACCAUACACCGAGUACACAACCACUUUCACCACCACCGAAGACGAUGGAUCUGUUGUCACUGAAUCUGGUGUUGUGUUAGUCACCACCAAUUCCGACAGAGAUCUCUACACAACCACUUCGAUUAUCCCACCACCAUACACCGAGUACACAACCACUUUCACCACCACCGAAGACGAUGGAUCUGUUGUCACUGAAUCUGGUGUUGUGUUAGUCACCACCAAUUCCGACAGAGAUCUCUACACAACCACUUCGAUUAUCCCACCACCAUACACCGAGUACACAACCACUUUCACCACCACCGAAGACGAUGGAUCUGUUGUCACUGAAUCUGGUGUUGUGUUAGUCACCACCAAUUCAGACAGAGAUCUCUACACAACCACUUCCAUGUUCGAAAGACCAACAAGUUCGUAUAUGAGUUCAUUUGGUGAUGGAAUUUCAAGUUCGGAAGCAGCACCUGAAGAUUCAACAUCAUCAAUGUUAACAUCACAAGUGGUUUCUACAACUGACGUCAUUCAAGAAAUUUCUUCCGAAGAAGUUAGCAGUAGUUCUACUUAUAGUUCCUUUGUAACAUCUGUCGAGACAUCUAUUGAAUAUGAUCCUGAAACAUCUGUUGAAUAUGAUCCUGCAACAUCUGUUGAAGAUGAUUCCGAAACAUCGAGCAGCCAUUUAACUGAGAGAACAACUUCGUUGGUUUCUGAUUAUCCAGAAGCAUCUUCGUUCAGUUCUUUGUCUUCUGGUUACUUGUGGCAAAAUUCAUCUGCACCAGCAUAUUCAACUGUGGUGGAACCAUCAGAUUCUGAUGUUCCAUUAACCACAGGAACACCAUUGCAAUCCACCCAAAUUGUCAGCAGUUCUACAGUCAAUUUCCCUACAACCACUAUUACAUCCCACCCUCCACACUUAACGACUUCCACUACCACAGAAGUUUAUUCUGAAUGGACUAUCACAACGGUCAUUAUCGUUACAAAUCCUGAUGGAACUGUGCAGACCAAGACGGCUGUAAUAAUCGACCCAACCGACUCAGAUGGUAAUUGGUAUACUAUUACAUCUUGGUUAGAAGAUGCUGAAGAAACCAGUUCUUCCGAAUUACACUCAGAUUGGUCUUAUACUACUACCAUUGUAAUUACCGAACCAGAUGGAAGCGUUGAGACAAAGACUGCUAUAGUUGUUGAUCCUCAAAACUCAGAAGGUGAUUGGUACACUUAUACUUCAUUCUUAGACGAUACUGAAACUACCACUGAAUCUACAGAAACAACACUUGUCCAACAACCAUCAACAAUUCACAUGGAAUCAGAUCUUGUUUCUUCUGAAUUGCACUCAGACUGGUCUUACACUACUACCAUUGUAAUUACCGAACCAGAUGGAAGUGUUGAGACAAAGACUGCUAUAGUUGUUGAUCCUCAAAACUCAGAAGGUGAUUGGUACACUUAUACUUCAUUCUUAGACGAUAAUGAAGCAACAACCGAACCAAAUACUGGAGCUACCGAAGUGUAUGAUCAUCCUACUAGUACUAUUACUACCACUUGGUCAGGGACUUUCGUUACUACUAUGACAUUCCCAGGUGAUGAUAUCGACACAGUUAUCAUUGCUACUCCUGUUGAUACUGUGACUAUUACGCAAACUUGGACUGGUAGUGAGCCAACAACUUCUACAAUCAAAGGUCAAUUUACUGACACCAUUGUUGUUUCAAUUCCAAGCAAUGUAGGAGAGGACAACCAAAGCAAUGAAGAUGAAGAUAAUACCACAAAUGAAACUUUCGUCGUCACUGAAUAUAUCACCACAUACAUUAGUGAAUUAGGUGAUGGAUCCAUGACAACUGCAAGUGCAAACGUUGUUGUAUCACUGAAUGAUGAAGGACAGUUGUUCACAUCUUCUUCAGUAUUACCAUUUGUUACGACUUACACAACCACUGUUGUUGUCACAUUAGAAGGUCAACAAGCCACCACAGAUGUAUAUGAGGUUGUGAUUUCAUCGGACAAUCAAGGAACUGCUUCAACCAACACCAGACCUGUAGCCGAUGUUAUAGCUACUGAUGGAGCCACACCUGAAUAUGAAGGUUCCAAUCAAGGAAACACAGAUCAAGGAAACACAGAUCAAGGAAACACAGAUCAAGGAAACACAGAUCAAGGAAACACAGAUCAAGGAAACACAGUUCAAGGAAACACAGAUCAAGGAAAUACCAAUCAAGGAAACACCAAUGAAAGUUCUGGUAAUCAAGCAACUGAACAAAGUUCAAAUGAUGAAGGAAACUUUAACCAAGGGACUCCUGUUGAGUUAGGUGUAGCCAAUGAAGUAAAUGCUAAUCAAGAUAUUUCUAAUGGAAACAUUGCCAACCAAGGUGCUGAAGGUCAAGGAAGCUUAAACCAAGGUUUAGAAAAUGAAGUUGAUGAAGAGAUAAUUUACCAAGGAAAUACCAAUCAAGGUGAAUCAAGUGGUGAUGCCACUGGUAUUGCUCCUGAUAAUGUUGUCGGUAACGAAGGUGUAGUUGCUGAUGAAGUUAUUGCAAAUGGUGAAGGUGCCAAUGUAGAAGCUAAUGUUGAAGGUGCCAAUGUUGAAGGUGCCAAUGUUGAGGGUGCCAAUGUUGAAGGUGCUAAUUUUGAAGCUAAUGUUGAAGGUGCUAAUGUUGAAGGUGCCAAUGUUGAAGGUGCCAAUGUUGAAGGUGCCAAUGUUGAAGGUGCCAAUGUUGAAGGUGCCAAUGUUGAAGGUGCCAAUGGUCUUGCCAAUGGUGAAGCUGACGUCGAAUCUAACGUUGUGAGUAACGUUGAAGCUAAUGGUGAAGGUUCCAAUGGUGUUGCCAAUGGUGAAAGUUCUACUGGAGGAAUUGAAGAUGAAGUAGUUAUAGUACCUGAAAAUGAACAUUUGGAUGGUUCUUUAACCACAAUGAAUGGCGAAUCAGUAGCACCAACUUCAAUUGAUUAUUUUGCAACCAUUGCUACAGUCAACCCUGAAUCACACAAUGAUCAUGAAGGAUCACACAGAGCUCCUCCCGUAGAAGAUUUUGUUAUUGGUUCUACUCAUGAAGUUGAAGAAUUUGUCAAUAAAGCAAGUUCUAUGGAAUAUCCGAUGAUAAGUUGGAGCAUGAAGCAAGUUGAAUUCCGUAUACCUGAAGAUAAUCGGGCAGCUGUUGAAGGGUUGAAAGGAGUUUAUAACAGAGUUUUGAAUGAAGAAGCGACGUAUUGUGUAAAAGUGUUAGUCAUUUGA